AUGGUCAUUGCAAAGGCUUCCAUAAUACAACAAAGCAUAGCGAGUGCCCCCAUGUUACACAUACUGAAAAGUUCAAGAAUACGAAACUGUUCAGUAAGUUUGAAAUGCUCUCCACAUUUUCUACCUCAUCUACGCACAUUUGCCAAAUCAGUACCGAAGUCAUCGAAACCAUUUGAUUUUGUAAACUUUGAUCCACAAACUAAUCCCAAUGAAGCAUCGGCAAUAUAUACAAGUCUAGGAUGGUUCUAUGUACCACUCAAACACAACACUGAUAAACAGCCUCGGAUACUAUUGGAUAAAGAGUUUACACGCAACAAAUUUACCGAUGCCACUAAUCGGGAACAAAUACAACAAUUUAUUUAUAACUGGUGUCAAGGCUAUACACCAAAUGUAUACAAGAAAAAGGUAUCCUACAAAGCUGAGUCGGAGCAAAAGAAAUUGGACAAGUUGUUUCGUCAACAAAUGACGGAUAAGGUGCAUAUCGACAAGCACGUAAAGUGCACAAAGGAAGCACAGAGGUUGAAUAAUAAAGCCAAUGGAGGUAAUGACAAAUUACGAUUUAGAAUCAAUCUGCAAACAGGAGAUGUUGAAAUUAGAGGGGUACUAAAAAUGACAAGUGUGUUCAACUACUACUUACAGAAGCAAACUCGUGCAGGUCAAGUUGAUGCAAACACGAAAGAAUCUCCUUCAACGAGUAGACAAAUUAGACAGAAAAUAUCCAAACAAUGGAAUGAGCUUUCUCAAGACGACAAGGAUGCUAUUAAACGGGAGUAUUGGGAUGUAUUACUCCGUGGGAAAGAUUAUCAUUUGGGUAAGGAAGUUGAUCUUGAACUGAGAUUGGGUGAUGCAAUUCUGGAGGACGGAUUUAGGUAUAAAACCCUGAAAAAGAUGGACACAAAGCGUAAGAAGAAGGAAGAGGAGGAAGAGUAG